UCGUAUAAAUGUCAGACCUUCUGCUAAGAACAGUUGAAAAUUAUUAAGUAGAUAUCACCAUAUGUUUUUUUUUAUAGAGAAAUAAAAUUGUUACCACCAAUGAACCAUCCCAUCGGCCCAAACGGCCCCCACUUCAAGCGUCGCUGGCAACGCCAUCGUUUUCCCAGUCUGGGAGGCAGAUUGGGUGUCAAGGCGGAUGGACUGAUGUCCAGCCUUGGCAGCUCGGGAAUCGUAGAAAUGGGCUCCCGCUUCAAGAAGGGCUGCCUGAGCACAAGUGAACCAGAAAGGCGGGCGGCCCAAGCUGCAUUGGACGCAAACGUGCCGCCGGCCAAGCUAUGCUUACGAUCCACAUCCCGAGGACUGCGUCGGGCCCUCGAAAUUUUUAUGCCUCGCUUUCAGCCCGACGAGAAUUUGGUCCUUUCCGAGGGCGAGCAGCAUUCAGAGCUGUGUUUGGAGCGCUUGUCCGAGACACAAGCGUCGUCGCAGUUAUCCAGGAUUCUUCAGCAUUCGGCUACACCUGGCCAAUCGGGGGAGGUACCCUUCACCAACAAGAAGGCAACGACAACGGCUAGAGCGCCCUCGACUAGGAGUUUGGAGUUGACAGCGAUUGAAAAACAGAAGAAACCACUGCUUUCAACAGCUGCUUACAAUUACAAUAGUUCGGGCCCCCUGGAAGCAUAUGAUGGAGAAGGCGGAAACUCAGGUCGGACUUCCGUAAUUUAA